CGCCAGACGGGCACAUAAUAAGGAAAAAAAAAAGAAGAAGAAUUCAGCUACUUUUUCUCUAUGUAUUUAUUAUUCUGUGACUAACUACUCGACACCGCCAUUCUCUUUUCUCUGAACACCUUGUUGAGAAAGUUUUGGUUAAGAUGUCGUCUCACCUAGUUUGGAGUAUUAUCAGGAAUAAUAAUGCCUUUUUGUUGAAAAAAAGGAACAUAAGCAAACCCUUCAGCACAGAACCCAAUAACCUCACCAACUUGAGCUCGUACAGGUAUAAUGGCCUAGUUCACAAAAAAACAGUUGGUAUUGUUGAUGGACCUGACAAAAAAGGAUUCACCUUAGUCUACAAGAGGCCCAAAAAACAGAAUAAACCUAAAGAAUGUACCAUGAAAACCACAUUCAAAUCUGGACCAAGAAGAUCCCUCUUUAAACUGAAACGUCUGAUGAAGAAUGAAAAAUACAGGACCGAUUUGACCAAGGUAGCAUUACGCAGAGCCAGUGCUGUCUUGAGGUCGCAAAAACCCAAACGUGGAAAACAACCCAAGAAAGCACAAGAAUAACUUUUGUUAAAAUAAAUAAAAAUCCAAUUUA